AUGUCUAGGGAUGAAACUCAAAUGAUAGCUACAGCAGAAAUAAAAAAAAAUCAUUCUGGUACUGCACAAGAGAAACUGCAUUCUAUUCAAAAAGAUUUGGAUCUUCUUCAACACGAAUUAGUUCAAGACGUUAGCACGCGUUGGAACUCUACUUAUUAUAUGCUUGAAAGAUCAAUGCAACAAAAACGAGCAAUUUCUGUGUAUCUCGUGGACUGUGACAUUGCCAAUUUAACUGCGGCACAAUGGGAGCUUUUGGAGCAGCAUAUUUUAAAAUUAUUGAAACCGUUUGAGGAGAUAACAAAACUUGUGAGUUCUAGAUACGCUUGCAUUUCUGAAAUUAUUCCGUAUGUUGCAACCUUAAUGCGGUAUUAUAAUAAAAUGAGCACAUCAAAAGAGAUAACAUCUAAAUUAGGUCAGGCAAUACUGGUCAUACAGCAAGGGAUACAAGAACGAUUUGAAGAGAUUGCAACGAAUACAUGCAGUGAAGUUAUUUUAUUCAAAAAAAAGGACAAAAAAAUUAGUAAUGAAGAUGACAACUGCAUUAAUACAAAUAAAAGAACAAACAGCGAGAUGCCUACUAGCUUCAACAAAAAGUCAUUUGACAUCCGACAAUCCAUCAAAAGGAGGCGCAGUGGGGCCUUCCGUGCUAGUUGGAUUCGUCUCCUGCGCGACUCUUUAGCAACACCUUCUCGCAGCAAAACUCUUUCUGUCUUCAAACCGUCUCCUGCAUUGGCAGCAGCAACACAUCCUAAUAUAAAAUCUGCUGCUCCUAACAGAGGCAAUAAUAAUUUUAAUGCACAAAUAAAUGAGAAUAGAAAUGUCUCUAAUAGUGGCCAAGAGCAGCAAGUGCAGGGUUUGAAUGGAAGAAGGACUGUGACCUCUCCUGCUAACGAUGAAAAUAAUAAUGUUUCUGCCAACAACAAUAAUGCUGUGAACGUUGGCACCUGCUACGAUUUGAGAGCCCAUGACACCAGGGAGGAGGAGCAGCGUCUGCAGGAUGCUGCAAAACAUGCAGCCAGGAGACGAUUCACUAAAAAUUAGGAAUAUCGGGCAAAACAUUUCAAGAAAAUGAAAUAAGAAAAUAUCAAGGAAUCAUUUUAAACAAAAUGAAAAUAGCAGCAAAUAUCAGGGAAUCAUUUUAAACAAAAUGCACACGA